AUGACCUGCAAGCAGCGAGCGGAAAUAUCCAACAUUCAUACCCGACAGAAUGCAAUUGCAUGCCUCCCUGAUGGCCAUUUGGGCUAUGUCCAGGAUGCUCCUAUCCCUUCUGUUGCACCAGACAUGGUGCUCGUGAAAACGGCCGCCGUAGCCCUGAAUCCGACGGACCACAAGAUGGCCGCUAAUUUCCCUACCCCAGGAGCCAUCUCCGGCUGCGACUUUGCAGGUACUGUCGUCGCAAUAGGAUCUGCUGUCACCAAGCCCCUGGCACUUGGUGAUCGAGUGUGUGGUGGUGUGCACGGUGCAAAUCCCCUCGAACCAACGAUCGGAGCGUUUGCCGAGUAUGUCGGUGCCACGGCGCAUAUCCUGGCGAAGAUCCCCGACAGCCUCUCCUUUCAGGAUGCAGCCGCGAUUGGAGGCGCAGGGCCGUCUACGAUGGCUCUUGCACUGAGAGAUUCUCUCGGACUGUCCGGGAAAGGAUCAAGCGAUUCGGAAGAGUUUGUGCUUGUGUAUGGAGGCAGCACUGCCACCGGAACGAUGGCACUUCAAUUACUCAGGCUAGCGGGCUAUCGGGCCAUAGCAACCUGUUCUCCCCGAAACGCGGACCUCGUCCGUUCAUAUGGCGCCGAAGCCGUUUUCGACUACCGCUCAGAUACCUGUGCCACUGACAUACGGGAGUACACCAAGAACACCCUGCGCUAUGUGCUUGACUGCAUCACAGAGCCGGCAACAUUGGAACUUUGUCUCAAAUGUAUAGGCCGCGCUGGGGGUAAAUAUUGCGGGCUAGAGGCAUUCUCCGACGAUCUACGCACACGCAAAGCAGUCUCAAUGGAGUGGGUUCUGGCUCUGAGUAUCUUUGGAAAGCCGAUUGCGCUCGACAAGGGGUAUGGACGAGAUGCCGCGCCGGAGCACCGAGAGUUAGGCAGGAAGAUGUUUGAGGAAGUAGAGCAAUUGCUGCAGAAUGGACAACUCAGGGCUCAUCCAGUACGCAUGAUGCCAGGAGGCUUGGAGGCUAUUCCUGAUGGACUGGCUCUUUUGAAGAAGAAGCAAGUGUCAGGGCACAAAUUGGUGUACCUUGUGGAGUAG